UUUGUCUCGGUCUCUCUUUCUCUCGUGUGGGUGUGGGCAAAGGAGCGAUUGAGAAGAGAAAAAAAAAAAGAUAAUACAAAAAAAAAAAAAAGAAAUCAAAUCGAAGGCGGAUACACACACGAGAGUUCCCGCCAUGGUGGCUCAGCAGCGAGGAGAGAGCAGCGUCGUCGUCGUCGAAUCUCGGGAAGAGCCAGUUGAGACGACCAAGUCUCUGAUCUGUGCUCUCAAUUACAUCUCUCGCGACCUUCCUUUGCCUCCUCACCUCUUCGCCGCCGUCUCUUCUAUCUACCAUGGCUCCUCCUCCUCUUCUCUCCCUCCCUCCGUCGUGUCUCCGCCGCCGGGCAAUGAUUUUACUCCUUAUGGAGGUGAUUUGAUGGGAGAGUUUGAGGAUGCACUUUUGAAGCAGAGAACGAACAUUGAAUCAGGCUCUCGAUUGACAGAAUUGCAGGAUAAUCGGAACAAGACUCUUAUCCAACGCCGAUUAUCUGAGCUUGAAGAAUUACCUUCCACCAGAGGUGAAGACUUGCAAGGGAAGUGCUUACUCGAGCUUUAUGGGCUAAAGCUACGAGAGUUGCAAAGCAAGGUUCGAACAGAGGUGAGCUCGGAGUUCUGGCUACGUAUGAACUGUGCUGAUGUCAGUAGCCAACUGUUUGACUGGGGUAUGAUGCGGUUGCCUCGUCCUUGGUAUGGUGUUGGAGAUCCUUUUGCUACGGAAGCUGAUGAUCAAUUCAGAAAGAAACGUGAUGCCGAGAGGGUGUCACGUUUAGAAGAGGAGGAGAAGAAUCUGAUUGAAACCGCCAAGAGGAAAUUCUUUGCAGAAGUACUCAAUGCAGUUCGUGAGUUCCAGUUGCAAAUCCAAGCGACUCAGAAACGCCGCAGGCAAAGAAACGAUGGUGUGCAGGCAUGGCAUGGGAGACAAAGACAGCGUGCAACCCGUGCUGAAAAGUUGAGGCUAAUGGCCCUUAAAUCCGAUGAUCAAGAAGCAUACAUGAAACUAGUAAAGGAGAGUAAAAACGAAAGGCUCACCACUCUUCUAGAAGAGACUAACAAACUCCUUGCUAAUCUGGGAGCUGCUGUUCAGCGUCAGAAAGAUGCUAAACUACCAGAUGGCAUUGAUCCACUGAAAGACUCAGAAUCUGAUUUAUCUGAGCUUGACGCUCCAAAAGGCGAACCGUUACAGGAUUUGCUUCCUGAUCAGGAUAUUGACGUCACUGAAUCUGAUAAUAAUGAUGACUCCAAUGAUUUACUUGAAGGCCAGAGGCAGUAUAACUCUGCUAUCCAUUCAAUUCAAGAGAAGGUAACGGAGCAGCCUUCGCUUCUUAAAGGUGGGGAACUAAGAUCUUACCAAAUAGAAGGGCUCCAAUGGAUGGUCUCUCUAUUCAACAACAACCUUAAUGGGAUUUUAGCUGAUGAGAUGGGUUUGGGGAAAACCAUCCAAACAAUCUCGUUGAUUGCUUAUCUUCUGGAGAAUAAAGGUGUGCCUGGUCCUUAUCUGAUAGUGGCUCCAAAGGCUGUGCUACCAAACUGGGUAAACGAGUUUGCUUUAUGGGUACCAAGCAUUGCAGCUUAUCUUUAUGAUGGACGUUUGGAGGAAAGAAAAGCAAUCAGGGAGAAAAUUGCAGGAGAAGGGAAGUUCAACGUGUUGAUAACCCACUAUGAUCUCAUCAUGAGAGACAAAGCAUUUUUGAAGAAAAUUGAUUGGCACUACAUGAUUGUUGAUGAAGGACAUCGUCUGAAGAACCAUGAAUCUGCUCUCGCUAAGACUCUACUAACAGGGUAUCGGAUAAAACGGAGACUUCUCUUAACCGGGACACCCAUACAGAACAGCCUUCAAGAGCUAUGGUCACUGCUUAAUUUUCUCCUUCCUCACAUCUUUAACUCGGUUCAGAACUUCGAGGAAUGGUUUAAUGCUCCGUUUGCUGAUCGUGCUAAUGUUAGUCUUACGGAUGAAGAGGAGCUGUUGGUUAUCCACCGUCUGCAUCAUGUUAUAAGACCGUUUAUACUGAGAAGGAAAAAGGACGAAGUAGAGAAGUUCCUUCCUGGGAAGACACAGGUGAUACUGAAGUGUGAUAUGUCAGCGUGGCAGAAAGUUUAUUACAAACAAGUUACAGACAUGGGCAGAGUUGGCCUUCAAACAGGAUCUGGGAAGUCAAAGAGUCUGCAGAAUCUAACGAUGCAACUGAGAAAGUGUUGUAACCAUCCGUACCUAUUCGUUGGAGGAGAGUACAACAUGUGGAAGAAACCUGAGAUUGUGAGAGCUUCAGGGAAAUUCGAGCUCCUCGACCGUCUCCUUCCAAAGCUACGCAAGGCCGGGCAUAGAAUCCUGCUCUUCUCUCAGAUGACUCGUCUCAUUGACAUUCUCGAGAUUUAUCUGACGCUUAACGAUUUCAAGUACCUAAGACUCGACGGUACCACAAAGACGGAUCAAAGAGGGCUUUUGCUGAAGCAGUUCAACGAGCCGGACUCUCCCUACUUCAUGUUUCUUCUGAGCACGCGCGCGGGAGGUCUCGGUCUGAACUUGCAGACUGCAGACACUGUUAUUAUCUUUGACAGUGAUUGGAACCCACAGAUGGACCAACAGGCUGAGGAUCGAGCCCAUAGGAUAGGGCAGAAGAAGGAAGUUAGAGUGUUUGUUUUGGUUAGCGUUGGCUCCGUUGAAGAAGUGAUAUUGGAGCGUGCAAAGCAGAAGAUGGGGAUUGAUGCUAAAGUCAUACAAGCUGGUCUUUUCAACACAACUUCCACAGCACAAGACAGGAGAGAUAUGCUUGAAGAGCUCAUGCGCAAAGGAACAAGCUCUCUAGGGAACGAUGUCCCCAGUGAGAGGGAAAUAAACCGGCUCGCGGCUCGUAGUGAGGAUGAGUUUUGGAUGUUUGAGAGAAUGGACGAGGAGAGGAGAAGGAAGGAGAGUUACAGAACCCGUCUGAUGCAAGAGCAGGAAGUGCCAGAGUGGGCAUACACCACACACAGCCAAGAUGACAAGUCUAACAACGCGAAAUACCAUUUUGGGAGUGUCACAGGCAAGCGUAAGCGUAAAGAAAUUGUUUAUAGCGACUCAUUGAGCGAGGUGCAGUGGAUGAAAGCUGUGGAGAGCGGUGAAGACGUGUCAGCAUACUCUCUUAAACAGAGGGCAAGCAAGACAAAGACAUCGGCGAGUAAAAAAGCGGUAGAGCCUAUCCAAGUGGUGAGUGAUGAGACGAGCGAGGAAGAGGAAGAAGAGGAAAGAGCUCAGGAGAUGAGUGGGAAACAGAGAGUAGAGAAGUCUGAGGAAGAAGAAGAAGAAGAUGGUGAAGAAGAGAAUGAUGAAAAGCCAAUAUUCAAGUGGAGUUCUCAUAAGAAGAAAAGGUCGAGGUACUCUUUUACGUGUUCUUCAUCUGACUCUAGAGCUCAAAGUUCCAAUGGAAGUAGAAGAAACUGAGGUGAGAUCUGAGUUGAGUUUGGUCUCUUCUUCUUCUACCUGUAUGUUUGUGUGUUUUAGAAGUCUUUUAGAGAAGUAUUUUCUUCUUGCCAAUGCAACUUGAACUCAUGCCAUUCUAACAUGUAAUGCAUUUAUUUUAGAUGGUCUCGGGUUAAGUUUAGUUAUUUUCUUAUAUAGAACGAUUCUAGAUUCGGCGUUGAAAACCCUUCAUCAAAAAGAAAAAAACAUAUGUAAUAUUUUUUCAGAAGAAUUAAGAGACCAAUUUAUUUU